UCCGAGCCGCCACCAGGCAGCGCCGGGGCCGCCACAGGCGCCCUGCCCUCGGCAGCGAGCCUGGGACCGCCGCGAACGCCGCCGCUCCUCGGGGGGCCGAGAGGAACCGAGCACGGCGAGCGAUCCCCCGCUCCCGGGGCGUGAGGCGGCCCCGCGGCCUCCCCUCCCCUGCCCUCCCUCCCCGCGGCCCCGCCCGCCGCGGCCCCGCCCCGGCACGUCCGUGGGCGGGCGGUGCUGCCGCCGCAGUGCCGGGGCCGCGGCCGCCGGAGCUGCCGGAGCCGCGGGAGCCGCCGGCCCCCCGCAAUAUGCCUCCGCUGCCCUGGGGCUGCUCGCCAUGCCGGGCUCCUGCGGGCGCCUCUCCCCGCUGCUCCCGGCGCUGGCGGCCGCGAUGCUGCUGCUGCUGCUGCUGACGGGGCGGCCGCCCCCCGCCGCCGCCGCCGCCGCCCCCCGCCCGCAGCAGCAGCGGGCGGCGCUGCCCGGGGGCGCCCCCGCCGCGGCCUCAGGGUCUGUUUUUACCCUCAAAGUCCAAGUCAACGACAUCAUCAGUCACCAGUACCUGCGACAAGCAGUGGUGGAAGUGUUUGUGAACUACACGAAGACAAACUCUACUCUCACUGGAAACAAUGGAGCAGUGUUAAUAAAAGUGCCCUACAAACUGGGCUUAAGCCUCACCAUUGUCUCCUACAAGGAUGGCUACAUGCUGACACCUCUGCCUUGGAGGACUGCGAGGAUGCCAAUAUACUCGUCCGUGACACUUUCAUUAUUCCCACAAAAUCAAGCUAAUAUAUGGCUGUUUGAAGAGACUGUCUUAAUUACUGGAAAACUGUCUGAUGCCAAAUCUCAGCCAAGUGUUCAAUUUCCAAAAUUUUUAAUAAAGCUUCCAACAAAUCACCAUAUUACAAAUGUUACAGCCUAUCUGACAGUGCCAGAGCAAUUUCUGAAAGUGGACAGCUUUCUCUAUACAACAGGAAUUCUUCUAAAUAAAUCAGGUUUUAAAAGCAUGGAGUUAACUCCUCUUGCUGCCAUAUGUGUAAACGUUCUUUUGACUGGGAAAGAACUGAAAGUAAACGGUCCCAUUCAGAUUACACUUCCUCUCCCCUCAACUACUGCAAAACCAGGAGAUGCUGUACCUGCAUGGACAUUUGAUAUGAAAACUGGCGCUUGGGUGAACCGCGGGCUGGGAAUGGUGAAGGAGGCGGAUGGUCAGUUGGUGUGGACAUACACUGCUCAGCACCUGGGCUACUGGAUAGCAGCUCCACUGCCUGGAACCAGAGAAUCCAUUAUUAGUGCAGUUUCCAAGGACAUAACAGCCUAUCACACAGUGUUCCUUACGGCCAUACUGGGAGGUACUGUUGUCAUCAUCGUCGGGUUUUUUGCUGUUCUUCUCUGUUACUGCAGGGAUAAAUGUCAUCGGACACAAAAGAAGGAGAAAAACACGACUAAGCUGGAGGUCAUCAAAAGAGACCAGACAACAUCAACAACUCACAUAAAUCACAUCAACGCUGUCAAAGGCUCUUUGAAGUUGGAGGAUAACUCCCAGCUGUACACACCGAAGAUUUCCUCGUACAGCCCUCCGAGGAGGGUGUCCACAGACACAGAAGAUGGAAAAUCACGGGACAACUUUAAAAUCUACACCGAGGAUGCUUCUUACCAGUCCUCCUGUCAGACUGGCCAGUCCAGAAGUUCAGCCCAUUCCCUGGAGCCUAGUGCUGGAGUGAGGCAUUUACAGCAGCCAAAGCUCAGUACCAGUGCUAUUUCCCAGGCUCCCCGGGACAUUCCAGACCCAAACAGGUACCUGUCAGUGAAAGAGGAGAUGUAUGGGCUUUCCCAUAUCCCUGAACAUCUCAUGCAUAUUUACAAUCAACCUAUUGCUAUUCUUCAGCCCUCUGACCUUUUCCACUCCCCGGAACAACUGCAUCCUGCUAAAUCAGCCACUUUGCCAAGGAAAGGGCAGCUGGUGUACGGCCCCAUGAUGGAGCCCAUGGACCGGGACAGUUACAUGCAGACACUGCCGAAAAUGCCAGGGCAUUCCCACCCCCAGCCUGCUGCCUGCAGGGACGAGAGCAGUGCCCUGGAUGGGGAAGAGGGCCUGCCUUCCCAAACCUCCAGCUGGGGCCGCUACACCAACAGCUUGCUGGAGUCUGUCUCUGUUCCCGGGACGUUGAAUGAAGCGGUUGUAAUGACUCCGUUUUCAUCUGAACUCCAAGGAAUUUCAGAACAAACGUUGCUGGAACUCUCCAAAGGAAAACCAUCUCCACACCCUCGAGCGUGGUUUGUGUCCUUGGACGGGAAGCCAAUAGCUCAAGUGAGGCAUUCUUUCAUAGAUCUGAAAAAAGGCAGAAAAACAGAGAGUAAUGACACCAGUCUGGACUCUGGUGUGGACAUGAAUGAGCAUCAUCCUAGCAGGAAACUGGAGAGAGAGAAAACUUUCAUUAAAAGUAUGCCACAUUCUAAGAUUCUUUACUUGGAAGAUCUGGAUCUGAGUAGCAGUGAAAGCGGGACCACUGUUUGCACUCCAGAGGACCAGGCUGUGAGGCACAUUAUGGAAGGAGGGAAUGGGCCAGUUGUAGAACAGCAUGAUGAGGAAGGUCUAAGAAAAAAAUCUGUAUCAGGAAGUCAUGAAUCUGGUAUCCUUUCUGCUAAAAAAAGGGAUAGACCACCUCUCACAAAAAGAGAUAGCAAAACCAAUAUCUGGAAGAAAAGAGAGGAGAGGCCGCUUAUUCCUAUAAAUUAAAACACACUGUGCUUUGUGGUGUUGCUCUCCCUGCUAGUCGUUGACCUCUUGGCUGCUUCUGUAAUUCUGCAGUGUUGGGUUUACAAGGAAAAUGUUGUUUUCUAGUAUCAAGAAAAGUUUCAUUUUUGUAAC